UUUAUUUUUUUAAAGCUUUGAGCUGUUUAAUAAAGCUUUAAAAUGGUAGAGUUUUAAGAGCGGGAAGAAGGAGAAGAACGCGUUUUACACCUUCAUUACUCAACUUUCUAGGAUCUGAGCUGUGUGCUUCCACCGACGGUCUUAGUUUCCUCCUUCAUUUGCUUCAGAUUCUUACUUGCUACUAAUACCUUGAUGUCCAGCUAGCAAUUAUGGUUCCACCUAUCGAAACUCAAGUCAAGUCUCCAGUGUCUCAGAAGUUCUCCAUUCCACCUCUUAAUGAAAGAAUACUCUCUUCUAUGACACGGAGAUCAGUUGCAGCUCAUCCUUGGCAUGAUCUCGAGAUAGGACCUGAUGCUCCACAGAUUUUUAAUGUGGUGAUUGAGAUCAGUAAGGGGGGCAAGGUGAAGUAUGAACUUGACAAAAAAACUGGACUGAUCAAGGUUGAUCGUGUUCUUUAUUCAUCAGUUGUAUACCCCCAUAACUAUGGGUUCAUCCCUCGUACACUCUGUGAAGACAGUGACCCUCUGGAUGUCUUAGUCAUCAUGCAGGAACCUAUUCUUCCGGGGUGCUUUCUCAGGGCUAAAGCAAUUGGUCUUAUGCCCAUGAUUGAUCAGGGAGAAAAGGACGACAAGAUAAUUGCUGUCUGUGCUGAUGAUCCUGAAUAUAAGCACUACACUGAUAUCAAUGAGCUGCCACCCCAUCGUUUGGCUGAGAUCCGUCGUUUCUUUGAAGAUUACAAGAAAAAUGAGAACAAGGAAGUUGCUGUUAAUGACUUUCUUCCAUCCGACAAAGCCUUUGAAGCCGUCCAGCAUUCCCAGGAUCUGUAUGCAGACUACAUUGUGGAGAGCCUGAGGAGAUGAUAGUCUCUUCAUCUUCCUCAAGUCGUGAAUGACCGUCAACAUUACAUUUCUCAUACUAAUAUACCAUAUAGUAGUGCUUCUCUAAUAUUUCGUCUACUUGUACUGCUAAGCACAGUUAUAUACCAUGUUGCAUGAGCAUAUAACAUGCUAUAUAUAUAUAUACAAUAUGCUUGUAUUAUCUACUGUAUGGGAAAUUACUCUUCCAUACAGUACGUGAUGAUGACGAAAAGGAAACUUCACGUUUCCCCUGGUCAAAUUUUGUAUGAUUUGAACUAUCUCUUAUUUGUCCGGUUUAUGAAAUGGAUUAUAAACGAAGUUAAGUUUGUAUGCA